AAGAUUAAGAGAGAUAAGAAGAAAGAAGAGGAGAAGUGGAGAACCGACUAGAGAGAGAGAGAGAGAGACCCCGAGAGUUGCUCAGUUGCCCUUAGGUUUUGGCUAUGGCUUAGAAGAAUUUCUUCUUUUGCUUCUCAUUGUCGGCUUCAACUUGCAAAUUCGCUGAUAAAUUGAGCUUCUCGCAGUUCAUCUUGUUUGAUUCUAGGGUUUUUGAAGGUUCCACCAUUUGAUAAUAUUUCUGCGAGGUAACAUCAAAGUUCUGAUUUUUAUGUGGCAUGUUGGAAGCAAUCCUUUUGAAUUCUUAGUUGUGUUGUCUAAGCUACAUUCUAAAUCAAAAGCCAAAGGUGGAGUGCUAAUUUGGGCUUUAUGAUUGAUUUGUGCCUUCCCAGUUAUAGUAGUACCGAAGAAAAUUAGGGGUUUCCCCAAUUAUAUAAAGGUGGCUUUUUCUGUAUCGGUUGAGCUAGGGUUUCUAGAUUUAGAUUCAUCUAUAUCUAGCAACACUUAGGCGAACAGGUAACUAUGUAGAACACAAUACAAAGGGGGAAAUUUUAGGUUUUCAGUAGGAUUUCCUUAUUAGAUCCUCAUCAUUUUCUUAAUUGAGUGGGAAGUAUGCAAAGAUUUAGAGUUUCAUCCCAUCAAUCCCCAGUACACAAGCUUGGAGAUAAUCAGAUGAGGCUAUCUCCUAAAUUUAGACUGCAAAUGACACCACCUCAUCCAUGUCCAUUAGAUUCCAUUUUAACACUUGAAUUAGGGCCUCUAAUUCCUGGUCUUCCUGAUGAUAUUGCCCUUACUUGCCUCCUCCGUUUGCCCCUCGACUUCCAUUCAACUUGCCGUGCUGUGUGCCGACGGUGGCGACAUCUCCUUGCACGGAAGGAGUAUUUCUUUACUCAAAGAAGAGCUCUUGGGUUCAGCAGCCCCUUCUUGUUUACCUUUGCUUUCCACCGCUGCAACGGAAGGAUCCAAUGGCAGGUUAUGGACCUCGCUCAUUUCUCUUGGCAUACAAUUCCAGCAAUGCCAUGCCGAGACCGUGUUUGUCCUCAUGGAUUUGGUUGUGUUGCAAUUCCACAAGAGGCUUCUCUUUUGGUUUGUGGAGGGAUUGUUUCAGACAUGGACUGCCCUCUCCAUUUGGUACUGAAGUUUGAAGUGUGUAGAAAUCGGUGGACUGUUAUGACGAGAAUGCACACGCCACGGUCAUUCUUUGCUGGUGGGGUGAUUGAUGGAAUGGUUUAUGUUGCUGGGGGGUUUAGUACUGAUCAAUAUGAGCUUGAUUCUGCUGAGGUCUUUGAUCCGGCUAAAGGGACUUGGCAUCCAGUUUCGAGGAUGCUGACCAACAUGUCUUCCUAUGACUCUGCUGUGCUUGGUGGAAAGCUUUAUGUCACAGAAGGAUGGGUCUGGCCGUUCUUGUCUUCACCGAGGGGGCAAGUUUAUGAUCCGAUGACGGAUACCUGGGAGUCUAUGACUGCUGGUAUGCGAGAAGGGUGGACAGGCUUAAGUGUGAUUCUGGAUGGGCAUCUUUUUGUGAUUUCUGAGCAUGAAGGGAUGAGAGUUAAGGUUUAUGAUACAGAAUCUGAUUCAUGGGGAACUAUUGAGGGUUGUUCUGUGCCAGAAAGAAUAAGAAAGCCUUUUUCUGUCAACGCUAUUGGUUGGACAAUCUAUGUUGUCGGCCGAGGUCUUCAUGUAGCUAUUGGUUUUGUGCAGAGGGAAAGGUCUGUUGUAUCUGUUGGCAAUCGUAUGAAAUCAACCUUCUCAAUUCGGUGGCGUGAAAUAGAUGUUCCGCUUACCUUUUGUGACCUGACACCCUCCAGCACACAGGUUCUCUUUGGUUAGCUUUUGCUUUGCUAUUUAUCUGCUUCUUGUUGCUUUUUGUGAACUGAAUCUGAUUGACAUCAAGCUUUGUACAGUUUCAAGUAUUCCAGAUUUACUGCUGUCAUUUUGUGAAGAAACUGACAAGGAUUUUCUAGAUAGUUGCACACAACUUAUAACUACUUCUUUUAUUUAAAUUUUAUGAAAGUUGUUAUUAUCUUGUGUGCUUAGCUUAAAGCUACUUUGUGGUUAUACAGAAGUUUCAUUCGCUACAACUUAGUGAAUGCUAGUGUUGAGAUUUAAUUUUAGCUAAGAGUCUGGAUUGAAUUGUUGAU